AUGAUGUUAGAAAAUUAUGUAAUGAAUGCAGUAGAUAAAUGUGUUCCCUCGAAAACAGUCCGCGUAUUUUCAUUAGACCAGCCAUGGUUUACUCAGAAGUUAAGACAACUUUCUCGACAGAAAAAACGCUUAUAUCGAAAACAAAAACAAACGAAUCCCUCAGCAUCUUCCAAAGCGAAGUAUCAAAAAGUAAUUAUCGAAUUUGAAAAGACAUGUGAAGUUGAGAAAGAAAAUUAUCUUCAAAAAAUACGUCAAACUAACGCAUCGAAAAAAUCAUGCUGGAAUUUAGCCAAAACAUUAUUUCGACGGUCUCGCUCUUCAAAAAUUUCUAAGCUGAGAGAUCAAAAUAAUCAGGAAUGGUCUGAAGACAAAAUGAAAGCACAUGUUUUUAAUCAACAUUUUGCUGCCAUAUGUACCAUGACUACUGCCGAUUAUGACAAAGAUAUUCCACCUGAUAAACUCCCUCUCUCAACUUCCACAUUAGAUCUUUUUACAGUAACCACCAGGGAAGUUGAAAAAUGA